AUGUCUUCCAGCGACGAACUAGCUGAUGAGAAAUGGGUUAAUACCUCUCAGACAGCACAAAAUAAUCUACCUGGUUCCCCCAACGGAAUGGCCGCGGAUGGGCGUGCGCUGGACCACGAUGCCAGUCUCGAUCUCGACGUUGACGAAGUCAAAGCCUCGAGUAAAUACUUUUCUUGGGCAUAUCGACUUGAAAAUAUCUUGGGCUUUGAGGCGCGGGGCAUAAACCAGGUCAAGAGGAAAGAGCAGGCUGAAAAGACUACCCUCGGCUUCUUGCAGAUUGUGAUGAUGUGGCUCUCGAUCAAUACGGCGGCACAAAACAUAACCCUUGCGAGUAUUGGGCAAAGUGUGUUCGGCUUGGGUUUCCUUGAUGCUACAUUGUGCAGUGUACUUGGAGGAAUAGUCGGUACCAUUCCCGUCGCCUAUACCGCUGGCUGGGGUCCAUGGAGUGGCAACAGAACCUUGAUAUGCGCGCGCUUUUCUAUGGGCUGGUGGCCUGUAAAGAUCUGUGUAUUGCUCAAUCUAGUGAUUCUUAUUGGCUAUACUACGAUAGAUGCUGUGGUUGCUGGGCAGAUCCUCUCUGCAGUGUCCGCCAACGGUAGUCUGACGGUCGCCGUGGGAAUUGUUAUUACUGCUGUAAUAACUGCGGUAGUCACUACCUUUGGCAUCAAGUUCUUUCAUUACUAUGAAAGAUACGCCUGGAUCCCAUCAUUUGCUGUAUUUCUGAUCCUUGCAGGCACUGCCGGCCCCCAUUUUGACACCGGUUCAAAGUCUACCGUGGAAGGCGCAACCCUCAUUGGGAAUCGAAUCUCCUUCUUCUCAGUCUGUCUCUCCGCCGCAAUCACAUACGCUCCUGCAGCUGCUGAUUUCCUGGUCUACUGUGAUGCCAAAGUCGCAAGCCGCUGGAAAGUGUUUGGGGCUACAAUGACCGGGCUUAGCCUCUCGUUUACGUUUUGUUUCGUCAUUGGUGCAGGUCUUUCUUCUGGCUUGGCAAGCAAUCCCGUGUGGGAGGCUGCUGGUGCUGGAAGUGGCGCGCUUAUCGUAGCAGGAUUUGAUGGUUUAGGCGGCUUCGGGAAAUUCUGCUCGGUGGUAGUUGCCCUUGGAUUGAUUCCCAACAUGGUCGCUCCCAUCUAUUCGUCUGGAAUUGACUGGCAAAUCUUGGGGCGAUACCCGGCUAUGGUGCCCAGGUUCAUUUGGACGACAUGGGGUGUCAUCAUCUUCACUGUUUGCGCUCUUGUCGGGAGGGACCAUCUUUCCGAAAUAUUCACCAACUUUCUGGCUUUGAUGGGAUAUUGGGUUGUCUUCUGGAUCGUCAUUACUCUGGAAGAGGAGUUUAUUUUUCGCCGUCGCAUGAAGCCCACCUUCAUUUGGAGCGAUUGGGACAAGCCACAUAAGCUUCCAAUUGGCCUAGCUGCACUAGCAGCUUUCUGUGUGGGGUGGACAGGUGCAGUUCUUUGCAUGGCUCAGGUCUAUUUCAUUGGCCCUAUUGCCAAGCAAGUGGGCGACUACGGAGCGGACAUGGGUAAUUAUGUUGGAUUUGCCUGGACCGCUUUGGUAUACCCACCUCUGAGAUAUUUGGAGUUGAAGAAAUUCGGUAGAUAG